AUGCCCGGCAUCCCACUAGGAGCUCUUGACAACUUGAAGGGCAAGCUAAAGGCUGUCUUCGGCAAGAAGAAGGCGAAGAAGGAGGAUGAGCCUGCCGACGCAAAGGCCGAAGCUUCCACCACCGCCGCUGCUGCGGCACCUGCUACUGCUGCAGCUGCUGAUGCCCCGAAGACCGAUCCGGCUGCGCCAGCUGCGCCGGCUGCCACCGCCGAGGCUCCUGCCGCAGUAGCGCCCCCGAAGAUCGAAGAGACCGUCAAGCCAGCCGAUCCCGUUCCGGCUCCUGGCCUCACCACCGAGCCCGCGAAGGCUGAGCCUGCUCCUGCAGCCGCUCCCGCUCCGGCCACCGAGACGAAGCCCGUAGAGGAGGUCAAGCCUACUCCCGCCCCGGCCGCCGAGACGAAGCCUGUGGAGGAGAUCAAGCCUGCUCCCGCUGCGGCCGCCUAA